CAAAUGUGCACAUUUGUGCUGAUAAAUUGUUUUUUGUGUCUUAUCAGCCAAUUGAUGGAAAAUCCGUAGCAAUGGGAAACUCAAGUGCUGCCAAAGUAUUUGGGGUAGGAUGCGUGGACUUGAAGUUUCCUUCAGGGCACAUUUUAUCUCUACAGAGGGUGCACCAUGUCCCAACAAUACGAAGAAAUAUUAUUAGUGGUUCUAUGUUAGUCCAAGAAGGUUAUGAGCUUUCGUUUAAAUUGAAUAAAGUUGUUAUUCAACAUUAUAAUUUAUUUAUUGGCAAGGGCUAUUUGUCUGAUGGUCUAUUUAAAAUUCGUGUUGAUCAUGCUGGUUCUGGUAAUAAAUUUGAUUUUGUAGAUUCUAUUGUUAUGAAUGUUACAGAAAGUUCUUCUGUAUGGCAUAAGCGUUUGGGUCAUUUAAAUUAUGAUUCUAUUAAGAGAAUGAUGAAUCUUAAUUUAAUUCCAAAACACGAUGUUGAACGGAAUAACAAAUGUCAAGUAUGUGUUGAAGCAAAGCAAGUAAGAAAGCCUUAUCACUCGAUAGAAAGGCAUUCUGAAUUACUUGAUUUAGUACACACUGAUAUUUGUGAGUUCAAUGGAAUUGUUACUAAAGACCUUAAACGAUACGUUAUCACUUUUAUAGAUGAUUAUAGUAAGUAUUGUUAUGUUUAUCUAAUUAAACAUAAAGAUGAAGCACUUGAGAAAUUUAUUAUUUUAAAAAAUGAAGCCGAAACACAAACUGGUAAGAAACUUAAAAGGUUAAGAUCAGACAGAGGUGGAGAAUAUGAAUCUAACCCCUUUGGUGAAUAUUGUCGAAAUUUUGGCAUAAUUCAUGAAGAAACUCCUCCAUAUUCUCCUCAGUCUAAUGGGGUUGCAGAACAGAAAAAUAGAACAUUUAAAGAUAUGAUCAAUAGUUUUUUGUUGAAUUCUGGAUUGCCUAAAUACAUGUGGGGAGAGGCUUUGAAUACGGCUUGCCAUAUUCUGAAUAGAGUCCCUCUGAAACACAAUGAAAUAACUCCAUUUGAAUCAUGGAAAGGUAGAAAACCUAGCUUAAAGUACUUUCGUGUGUGGGGCUGUCUUGCAAAAGUUCUAGUACCUGAGCACAAAAGGAAAAAGCUAGGACCUAAAACUAUUGAUGCGGUCUUUUUGGGAUAUGUGGAAACUAGCUAUGCUCUUAGAUUUUUGGUUGUUAAAUCAGAAAUUGUUGGCAUAGAUGUAAACACAAUUGUUGAACUUCGUGAUGCUACAUUCUUUGAGGAUGUUUUUCCUAUGAAAACGGGAAUACCCCAAAAUGAUGUCUUGGAUGCGGCCCUUACAUCAUCAUCAAUUCCUGAACAUGUGGAAAAGAUGACAAAUGUGGGGGGUAAUCUAAGUGGUUUAGAUUCUUUACAAACAGAAUUGGAUGAACCUAGACGGAGUAAACGAGCUAGGAUCGUUAAGGAUUUUGGAAGUGAUUUUAUCACUUACAAUAUUGAGGACGAGCCAAUAACUUUCAAAGAUGCUAUGACUUCACCAGAAGCUAAGCAUUGGAAAGUAGCUAUCAAAAGUGAGAUUGACUCUAUUGUCUCUAAUGGGACAUGGGAGUUAGUUGAACUACCUCCGGGGUGUAAUACAAUUGGUUGUAAAUGGAUUUUCAAAAAGAAACUUAAUUCUGAUGGAACCAUUGAUAAGUUUAAAGCCAGAUUGGUUGCCAAAGGUUUUAAGCAGAAAGAGGGAAUAGAUUACUUUUAUACCUAUUCACCUGUUGCUCGUUUAACUACAAUCCGUGUGCUCAUAGCCUUAGCUUCU